AUGUCUGGUAAAGUUCACGGAGGAAAAGGAAAGUCCGGGGCCAAAGAGAGCUCCCUCAAAUCGCAGAGCCACUCUGCCAGAGCCGGUCUCCAGUUCCCGGUCGGAAGAAUUAAGAGAUACUUGAAAAAACAAGCCCAAUCUAAAAUCAGAGUUGGAUCGAAAUCCGCCAUCUACCUUGCCGCAGUGUUAGAGUACUUGACCGCAGAGGUGCUCGAGCUGGCCGGAAAUGCCGCUAAAGACUUGAAAGUGAAGAGAAUUACCCCAAGACAUUUGCAAUUGGCUAUCAGAGGAGACGAGGAACUUGACACCUUGAUCAAGGCCACCAUUGCAUACGGUGGUGUGCUUCCUCACAUCAACAAGGCUCUUCUUCUCAAGGUUGAGAAAAGUAAGGGUCGUGGCGAGUAG